CCAUCGUCUGCGUGUCACUUUGAUGAUCGGCGGUUACUUAACAGGCCUCUAUUAGCGGCCGGAAGGAUUUUUAGCGUGGGACAACCGGCACAACCACAUUCGGACCGAGCCUCUUUGGCAAUGGCGGCGAUCACAGGAACUUUCACAAAGCUACCCUAUUACCCCGCGGAUGCGACAUCAGUAUUGUGGUGAGCUAACGGGUUUGUAGAACGGUCACCUUGGACCGGGCUAGUUGGCAAUGAGGUAACCAUUGGAGGUUUCAGAAUGAAUGAAUCCUGCGAUGGGAUCCUAGAGCCAAUUUACCUGAUAUAACGAGGCGGGUAGCACACCUGAUGAACACGUAGUACUUACGGGACGAUGGGGUCCUAUCUCCAACGCCAACUCUUUGAGCCAGCGACUCAUCCCGGCACUCUGGUACUGAGGUUGGAAUCAUGCUGUUCUCGUCGGUCCUACUCAGCUUUGUGUCCACGGUAGGGCUAGCCGCCGUGGUCACUCCCCGGGGCCCAGCACCCUCCUCGUUGGAAGCACGGGCUGCCGCGGGGGACCGGCUUGUGUUCUGCCACUUCAUGAUCGGCAUAGUCGGCGACCGCACCAGCGCGGCCGACUACGACGAUGAUAUGCGCCGGGCCAAGGAGGCAGGGAUCGACGCCUUUGCCCUCAACAUCGGCGUAGAUGGGUAUACCGACCAGCAGCUCAACUACGCGUACGAGUCGGCCGCCAGAAACGACAUGAAAGUCUUCAUCUCGUUCGACUUCAACUGGUAUAGCCCGGGAAAUGCGGCGGCUGUGGGCAGCAAGAUUGCCCAGUACGCCAGCAAGCCCGCACAGCUCCUCGUCAACGACCGCGUCUUCGCCUCGUCCUUUGCCGGAGACGGCCUGGACGUCGAUGCCGUGAGGGCCGCCGCCGGGACCGACGUCUUCUUUGUUCCCAACUUCCAUCCCGGCCAAGGUUCGCUGGCUGCCGUCGAUGGAGCCUUCAAUUGGAUGGCAUGGCCGAACGACGGAAACAACAAGGCGCCCAAGCCCGGAAAGUCGCUGAGCGUGGCCGACGGAGACAACGCCUACCUCGACUGGCUAGGCGACAAAACAUACAUGGCUCCUAUCUCUCCCUGGUUCUUUACCCACUUUGGACCGGAGGUUUCGUUCAGCAAGAACUGGGUGUUUCCUGGCGGCUCGCUCAUUUUCGACCGCUGGAACGAAGUGCUCCAGAAAGGGUUCCCAAUGGUUGAGCUCAUCACCUGGAACGAUUAUGGCGAGUCUCACUAUAUCGGUCCAUUGAGCUCUCCUCACUACGACGACGGCAAUUCCAAGUGGACAAAUGACAUGCCGCACAAUGGGUGGCUCGACCUCUCCAAGCCGUUUAUCGCCGCCUACAAGAACAAGGACACGUCGGUGGACAAGUACAUUACCGACGACCAGAUCAUCUACUGGUACCGACGGACGCUGGGGUCGCUCGACUGCGACGCCACCGACACUACGGCGGGGCGGCCCGCCAACAACGACAGCGGCAACUACUUCCAGGGCCGCCCGGAUGGAUGGCAGACGCUGGAGGAUGCCGUCUACGUGGUCACGCUGCUCACGGAGCCCGGCACGCUCACGAUUGCUUCGGGCGACCAGGUGGUCGAGCAGGAGGUGCCCGCCGGCGCGAACCUCGUGAAGGUCCCCGCCGCCGUCGGAAAGCAGCGCUUCAGUCUCUCGCGUGGCGGCACGGUCGUGCUCCAGGACACGUCGCUCAUGGACAUCUCCAACGUCUGCCCGUGCGGACUGUACAACUUCAACGCGUACGUGGGCACCGUCCCCGCCGGCUUCAACGACCCGCUCGGGGAGCACGGCCUGGCGUCUCUGACUAUCGGCCUUCAUGUCACCACCUGCUCUGCCACCCCUUCGCUCGGCACGAACCCUCCCACCACCGCCACCACCACCGCCACCGCCUCCACGACGACGGCCGGUCCUAUCACCACCAGCACCACCAGCACCACCAGCACCAGCAGCGGCACGACAAGCGCCCCUUCUCCGAGCAAGACGACCUCGGAGCCCACUCAGCCGACCAGCACAUCCGAGCCCGACCUGCCCUGCAACGGCGGCACCAACGCGGACGGCGAGACGGGCAACUACGCGGGCCUGUGCAGCUUCGCAUGCAGCUACGGCUACUGCCCGCCGGGCCCCUGCAAGUGCACCUCGCGGGGGACCCCCGGCACGCCGCCGCCGCCCAGCGGCCGCGACGGGUGCCCGCUGCCGGGCGAGGGCGACGGCUACAAGGGCCUGUGCAGCUUCGCAUGCAGCCACGGGUACUGUCCCGAGACCGCGUGCCAGUAUUGCUAGGAGAAAGUGAGAGAGAGGGGGAGAGAGAGAGGGGGAGAGAGAGAAGGGGUGGGCGAAGAAAGGGGAUAUAUAUACGCACGAGAUAUAUAUAUGCACAUUAGGUAACUAUCUGAGUAACCUGCCUAAGGAGCACUAAUAUAUCUCUUUAUCAAAGUGCCUAUUUGGACCUAUUUUCGAUGUGGAAGACGGCUCAACAAGGCAGACGAAAAGAAAAUGUCCAAUCCGAACCCCCC